AUGAGCGACUCCAAGACCGGUCCUCCGCUACCCGUCACCACCUCGGCGUCUACGUUUAGAACGUCCCCUCCGCUGCCAGUGACAACCUCUGCUUCUGAUGUGCUGCCCGUAUGCCCCGAUCCGACAGUCCACCAGCACCGCGACACCAGACUCCAAGACCAAGCCUCGAAUGCUGCCUUGUACGCCACUAAGACUGGCAAGAAGCAGAAGGAAGACGUCCUUGAUGCUAACAACAAGCUCUCGUCACGCAGUGCCGCUGCUUCGCUCAAGUACGCAAACCCUCGAGACCUCCCUAGUUUCCCCGUCGUCGGCAUCGACACGACUGGUUCCGCCCAUUCCGCCGCUAACCUGGCAAACUCUGGUCAUAAGCAAUUCGAACACUGGAAGCCCGACCCGUCUAAGAAUGCGGGUAUCGCAGCAAUGGCAGCAAAGGACUACAAGAUGGCACCAUUGUGGAAACCAGAGUUGAGCUCAGCUGGCUCCAAGGCCGCUUUGCUUGCGCACAAAGACGGUCCCAAGUUGAAUCUCUGGCAACCCGAGGCUUCAGCUGAAGGAAACUCUGCCGCCGGUAUUGCUAUGAGCAAGGGAAACCUUGGCCCUAAACUCGACUAUGGCUACACUGAGGAUGGACACAAAAAGGCCCUCAUGGCCGCUACUGGUGCUCUGUCCAAGUCUCAGUCCACCCGAGCCCCUACAGUUGAGCACCCUCGAUACCCCGACUCUGCCAACUCAGCACACAAUGCCUUGAACGCCGCUACCAUGGCUCACAGACCAUCCACUAAGUCUCCUGUCGCCCAGGACUCGAACCGUAUCGACUCUGACGCCAUGCGCGCCGCUCGCGUCCAGAACAUGGGCCGCAACGUACCCCGCGAGAUGUUUGGUGGUACUCCCCCGGUCGACCUGGAGGUUGAGGAGAAGAAGAAGCAGGCCGCUCUUCGCGCCUCUGCAAUCUCAAUGGCCAAGCAGAUGUACGAGCAGACUGAGAAGAGGAGACGCGACCAGGAAGCCGCCGAGGUUUCGGAACGCCUUGGAACCAGCGCUGCUACUGUCUCGCACAACCGUGUACCCUCAGCCGCUUCGACUCAGCCUGAUCUCCGCCAGCAGGCCGUACAAUAUAUUCACCUGCAGGAAGCUGCCCAAAAGCUUGCCAAUGAACGUCUUGCAAAGAUGGAUCCUGAUGGUGCUGCUAAGUAUCGCGCUCACUACGGUUACGAGCAACAAUCGCCUCGUUCGCGCUUGUCUCUGCGCAACCGCCCUGGCAGAAACCGUGCCGAGAGCAACCCCAAGCCUGUCCAGAACAACGACGAUGAUUCGUCUGACGACGAGUUCAGAUCACGCAGAAUUCGCAAUCAGAUGUCAUCCUUGAACAACUCGGUUGCCCAGCAAGAUGAGAAGCGAAACCAAGACCGUGCCGCCCUGCUUGCUGCUGCCGAGAAGAGAGUGCAGGCUCAGAUGCACACCAUGGACGAGCAAGUCUUCCAACAGACAGGUCAGGUCACACCUGCGAUGAUGGAAGAUUGGGAGGCCAAGGCUCGCGCUCGUGCUACAGCUCAGAGCGAGGACAGACAGCGCAACUUCGGCAAGGUCAGCAUUGGUGGUGGAAAGUACAUGGAUCAGUCCGAAUUGGAUGCCAUUGCCCAGAGCAGACUCCAGCCCACUCUUGACGAGAUCAAUACCAACGCAGAGAAGAAACGCGCCAGAGAUGAGGAGCUUCGUCUCGACCAGGAGCAGAGGAGACGUACGCAGCUGAGCGAGAAGGAACGUGAGAAGGAAGUCAAGGCCGAGACAAAGCGCCUGAAGGGUGAGCCUUAUCAGAAACGACCUAUCUAUCAGGAGAAAGCCGAGGCAAAGGCUGCCAGGCGUGCUGAGAAGGAAGCCGAGAAGAGCCGUAAGGCUGAGGAGAAGCAAGCUCGCAAGGAAGACAAGCGCAGAUCCAAGGAGGUCAAGAGAGAUGUUGAGGACGCUACCAAAGCUUCAGCCGCUACUCACACUGCAGAGAGACCAUCCACUUCCGGGACUGCUGCAGUUGCUACUGACGAACACUCCAAGGUUUCUUUCCAAGGCCGCAAACCCGGCCGUAUGAGCGGCAUCUUCUCUCGCUUCAGCCGCAAGUCCAAGCCCGCGGAAAAGACCCAGCAAGCUGAGAAGACUACUGCCGUCACCGUCCCAGCCACUGAUGCCAAAAAGAGCCUCUCGACCUCUGAGCCAUCGACCACUGGUGUUGCGGCAACAGAAGCCCCCGUUACCAGCGACGCAGUCUCGGACUCAUCGUUCCGUCGCCAUGAUACUGAUCUCCACAGCAUUUCCUCCGUGUCCAGCGACGAGGAGAUGCCCACCACACGUCCCACUGCCCGCCGCGGACGUAGCAGCAUCAGCGCAAUCAGCGGUGAUGAAGACGAGUUCGAAGAGGCACGCGAUCACUUUGACGAGACUCUUGCUCCCCCGCCUACUUUUGGAGGACAGCAAAAGACGCAGAGCCCUGCUCGCGAGACCAAGUUCCAAGAGGAGUUCUAG